AUGAGUAACAAAAUCGAGCAUCAGACGGCUGUCAAUGUUUCUAACGAGAAGUGGUACUUUCCACAAGAGUUGAGAGACGGGUUACAACCAUUUAACCUCUCCAGCGAAACUAUCGCUGAGACUCUUGCUUGCGCCUGGGGGUAUUCCAGAUGCGUUAUACCCAACUGGACUAGCUGGGAGAGAUACUUGGCGUUCAACCGGACUAUCAUCAUUGCUAUCGUGGCCGAAUUUCGCGGCGACUUAAUUCCGGAGAUCAACAGUAAAAACAUUAUCGGUUAUGACUUAGAUGAGCUUCUCAGUACUCUCUUCGGAGGAACUUCGAUGCGAGAGGAUAUGUCACGCGAGUUCAGGACUUUUUUGCUCAUGUCAGCAGAGAAAUCCAGGAAGCAGCGGGACUCUGAGCUGUUCGGUCGCUAUCUGAACGCUCUUGCAAAGUCUCCACAGUGGUGGUUCCGGCUCCGCGAUUGUGACGCCCUAGCGCGGUAUACGAUUGCCAGCGCUCUGGCAUGUAACGACUUUAGUGAGAUCCCUUUUCGCGAGGAACAGUUGCAACUUGUUGCGGAGCUGAGCGAUACGCUUUAUGACGCCGUUGCUUUCUAUAAACAUCGCGCCGAGGGCGAGACCAACAGUACUUUCGGGUACGUUGGUAGCGAGAUGCGAGUUGAGAAUUACAGAGAUUACCGAGAAAUUCUCUGGGCGCUAGAUGUUAAAUGGGCGCAUGAUCCUGCAAAACGUUGCGUCCUUAAUUUCAUCAGACCGUUCGGAGGCCCCAUCCAUAUGAUGACAAGAAGGUAUCGAUUUGUCGAAGACGGUCUGAUGAUCGGAAGGCCUGAGACGGAUCAGGUGGUGGAAUUGACGCGCGCCAACUUCAAGCUCUGGCAUAAGGUCGACAGCGAUAUUGUGAAACCCGACAAAGAUGGACACUACAUGGAUACCAUCACCAAGUUCGACAAGCUACUGCUUCCUGGGUUCUGUGGCCUUUUGGAAAGUAGCGCUAGAAAGCAUUGUUCGUAUUGCUCCAAUGCAGUUUCUAGCAGCUCAGACAUUCGGCGGUUUGGGGGCGUCCGUCUGUGUGAUGAGUGCAAAGCGAAUUGGAGGUCAUUCAUGCGAGCGGCCCGUGCGCGAUUUGCAGCCGCUUUCCCGGAAAUCAAGAAUGAGGUGUUGAAAGGGUGGCAACGCUGUGGAUCAAGCUCGAGUUGA